CUGAUUGACAAGUGUGUACAACUUCACUUAUUAGUAAUGUUUUCAUAAAAUCCCACGUGAAUAUUUAUUUAUUUGUAAUAAAUAUGAAGACGAUUGCUGAAUAUUUGGCUCCAUCGACAAAUAAAAAAUGGUACGAGGAAUAUCCAAAAACACAAAAACCAUGUACUCACACAAAAUCGGAAAUCACAGUAAUGGAUUUAAAAGCCGAUGGAAAAAGGCUUCUUGAAGCAGAAACAAAUGCUUAUCAAUUGAAACAAUCAAAAUCACGAAAUUCAGAAUAUGAUUGGCUUAAAACUGCACUAUCACAAGGAACAAGUUCUGAUAAAAUUGCAGCAAGUAUUGUUCUAUUCCAAAAUAGUCCAAAACAUAAUUUAUCACGUUUAACAAAUCUUAUUAAUCAAGUAAAAGCAUCGAAACAAAAUCAAUGCAACACAAUUAUCACAGCACUUCGCGAUCUUUUUCUCACUGAUUUAUUACAUCCCACAUAUAAAUUAAUGAAAUUUGAAGAACAAAAUUUAGAUAAACUCGACAAUAUUGAUAUUUCAAAUAAACAUGAGAAAGGUGUGCCAUUUAUGUCUAAAAAUAAAUUACUUGCACAUUGGUAUUAUGAAGAUCAAUUAAAGGAAAUAUAUGAGAAAUUUAUUAUUUCACUAUCACAAAUUGCAUCAAAUACAGUUGAUUCAAAUCGUGAAAAAGCUGUUUCAGUUAUGAAUGAUCUUUUAAUGGGUAAUUCAGAACAAGAACACAAAUUACUUGAUUUUCUUGUGAAUAAAAUUGGUGAUCCUAGUAAUAAAGUUGCGUCAAAGGUGAUUUUUUGUUUGAAUAAAUUACUUUAUGAACAUUCAAAUAUGAAAGUUGUUGUACUUCGCGAAGUGGAGAAACUUUUAUUUCGUAAUAAUGUUUCAUCAAGAGCACAAUAUUAUGGAAUUUGUCUGCUGACACAAUUUGUUUUGGAUCGCAAUGAUGUUGAAACGGCAAAUAAUUUAAUUGACGUAUAUUUUUCAUUUUUCAAAGCAAGUCUCAAGAAAGGUGAACCCGAUAGUCGAAUGAUGGCUGCAAUUUUAACGGGUGUCAAUCGUGCUUAUCGUUUUUCUAAAGUUGAAUCAGAAAAACUCAAUGAUCACAUUGAUUCUCUUUAUAAAGUUGUACAUGUUGGUUCAUUUAAUGUUUCAUUGAAUGCACUCAGCCUUUUAUUUCAAGUAGUUGGAAAAAACGAAAAACAAUUGAAUAGAUUUUAUUCCGCCUUUUAUAAAAAAUUAUUAGAUCCACAAAUUGGUAUUGGAAAUAAACGUGCGAUUUUUUUGAAUUUAUUAUAUCGUGUGUUAAAAAAUGAUCACAGUGUAAUUCGUUUAAAGGCAUUUUUAAAAAGAAUAUUUCAAAUUAUCCUUUAUUAUCCAGCAAAUAUGGCAUGUGCAACACUCUAUGUUGUUUCACAAGUUUUAAAAACAAAGAAAGAUCCAAUUUUCUCAAUUGAAUCGGAAAUUAAAAAUGAAAAAGAAUCAAAUGAUGAGAAAAAAGAAGAAAAUAAUGAAGAUACAAAUUCAGAAUGCAGUGAAACAAAUAAUGAUGAAUUGGAAAAAAAUAAUAUUGUAAUAUCAAAUGUUAUUACAGACGAUACGAAAGUUAUUGUAAAAAAUAAUGACACUGAAAUUAAAGAAGAAAUAACAAUAAAAGAAGAAUUUGAUCCAGAUAAAGAAUAUAAUCCAUUUUGUCGUAAUCCAUUAGGUUCCGGUGCAAAUAAUACAUUUUACUAUGAACUUUUUGCACUUGUAAAUCAUUUUCAUCCGAGUGUGGCACUUUUUGCGAGUAAUAUAAAAGAAGGAAAAAUUAUUGAUUAUUCUGGUGAUCCAUUGGAGGAUUUGAAUUUAAUUCGAUUUUUGGAUCGUUAUGUUUUUAAGAAUCCAAAAAAAUUGGAAAAUAAAAAAGUAACGAGAAAAGGUGAUCCACUUGCACAACGUGCUGGUUAUACUCCUCAAGGUUUGCGAUCAGUACCUGUUGAUAGUGAGGCGUAUUUAAAUGAAAACGAAGAUCGUAUUCCAGUUGAUGAACUCUUUCUUUAUCAAUUUUUAAAGAAGAAAAAAGAUUUUAUAUCAAAAUCCACCGACGACGACGAUGAAGAUAACGAAAGUGUUAAUAGUGAAGAAUUUAACGCCAUGUUAGAUGGACUUGCAGAAAAUGAAAAUCUAGACGAUUUAGAUAUUGCCGGUGAUAUUGUUCCGAGGAAAAGUAAAAAGAAAGAUAAAGAUGACGAGGACGAGGAAGAAAGUGAAAACGACGAAAGCGAUGAGGAUUUGGAAGAUUUCGAUGAGAAUGAAAAUUUCAGUGAUAAUUUGGAAGAUGAAGAAAUGGAGGAUAUGAGUGACGAUAUGGAAAAUAUGGACGAUGAUUACAGUGAUAUUGAUUUUGACGAUGAGAAUAGUGACGAAGAUACACUUCGCGAGGAACUUUCAUUAAUGAAAAACAAAAAAAAUUCAAAAGAAUCAAAUGAAAAUGUUUUUAUGUCAGCUGAGAAAUUUGCUGAAAUGAUGGAGGAACAAGGAUAUUCUAAAUCGAAACACGGAGGAAGUAAUUCAAUGAAUGCAAAGGACGGUGCCGGUGUUAAACAAUUAAAAUGGGAAGCAAAGAAAAAUCAACGAUCUCAUUUUGGUAAUAAGAAAGGAAAGAGAAAAAAUAAAUUUACAAAUAACAAAAAAAGUGUAAAAAAACAAAAGAGGUAGGAUAUUUUUCUAAAAAUCAAUUUUUUCCUAUUGUACAUUAAAAAUUAAUUCUUUAACUUAAGAAUGAAGGUAAUAAUAAACAAAAUUUAUUAUAGAACUAGUAUUACUUUAUUACAUAUUAGAAUAAGAAAAAUAAAUGACAAUAUUAAAAUAUAUAAUAGUAAAUUUGUGAAAUGAAAAAAAAAAAAAACGCAUCCGAUUAACUAUAUUAUGGAAACUAUCAUUUAAUAUCAAUAUGUUUUCAAAUUUACAAUAUUAUACUUGAAACUUGAAACAAAGUGUGAACCAAGUGCACAUUUUUUAAAAAAUUCUUUAGAAAUAAAGAAGAGCAUUUUCAAAGCCCUUACGAUCUGAUUCUCGAGUUUAACUGGCGAAUGUUCUUUUAAACUGAUUUCUUUUUUGGUCUCGAAAAUUAAAUUGCAUUAACAAUGCAAUCCACUAAAUAUAACUUAAAAUCAAAUUUUUCCCACUAUAAUAAUUUGGAUCAAUAAUUCUUUUUUCGCCGUCAAACAUUUAAAAAUCGAUCACAGUUUAGAUAAUUCUUAAUAUUAUUAUUAAACCAAAAGUUGUUAAUGUAAUACAAAAAAAAAAAACAUUCACAAAAGCACAACAUAGUAAUACCAUUCAACCACUUUUCUUUUCAAGGGGAAAAAACAAAUUGGAUAAUUUUUUUGUGAAUCGGUGUAAGUAAACCAAAAAGAUAAAUUAAUUAAGAAAAACAAUAUUUUAUUUAAAAAAUAUAAUUAUAUAUGCAAAAAAAAAAAAUGGUUAAAUGACGAAUACAACUGAAAUGUCAUGAUUUUGUGUCUUUUCAUUGAAAAAAAAAAAGAGGAAAAAAAAAGAAGAAAAGUUAUUACAUUCAGUUUUUGCUCUUAACAUGAUUUUCAAAGAGUUGCAUUUGAAAUAAUGCUGUUUUUUUAAUUUUUGUUUUU